AUGACCCAAAGAGACGCCGAGAAACGGUUUAAGAUUCCGAGAAGUACGUUAAAAAACAAACUAUCGCAAAAGCAGCAGAAUCCGCCAGGGCGACCCACCACCCUGUCUGCUGUCGUAGAAAACAGAAUUGUUGACUUCAUCAACAUGGCGUGGGAUUCUGGUAGAAUACGCUCGAAAGCAGAAAUAUACCGCAACGUUCUGGAGUAUUUAAGCCUUCAUAUUGACGAAAAUGGCUUCGGAGAAAAAUCUCCCGGAAAAGACUGGCUGGAUGGCUUUUUACAUCGCCAUAGAGACAAGUUAAGGCAACGGGUCGCACAACUGGACGAAGACAACGAGCAUUUGGACCUCAUAAUAUUUAAAUACGAAAGCGACGACGACGUGAUGGAAGAGUUAGAGUUCAGUCACAGCGGCCAAUCAGAAAGCAACCGCGAUUACCCCGUGGUCGAUCUGUUGCCGGAUGACGACCUCGAUGACAAUCGCAACGACAAGUCGAUGUCCCCAACCCCGCCAUCACAAAUCGGGCAACAAGUGCCCGCCGGCUGCGAAAUCCCGGCGCGACUCGUUAUUCUCUACAAACUCAUCAACCAAUGCACCUCGCAGGGACGGUACGAGGUCGCCAUGCCGCUGUGCAAACAGGCGUUAGAGGAUUUGGAAGAGACCUACGGACAUGACCACCCGGAUGUGGCCACCAUGAUGAACUUACUGGCGGCGGUCUACAGAGGCCAGAACAAGUACAAGGAGGCUGCGCACCUAUUGAUCGAUGCACUCUCCAUCCGUAAGAAGACGCUCGGUGAGAACCAUCCCGCCGUUGCCGCUACACUUAACAACCUGGCUGUUCUUUAUGGAAAAGGAGGAAAGUACAGUGAGGGUGAACUUCUGUGCAAACGUGCUCUCCGCAUCUGCGAGACCGUGCUGGGCCGCGAACACGUCGACAUCGCCAAGCAGCUCAACUAUGUUGCUCUGCUCUGCCAGAAACAGAAAAAAUAUGAAGAAGCGGAACAGUCUUACCAGCGCGCUUUGGAGAUAUACGGAAGCGAACUCGGCACCGACGACCCUAACUACGCCAAGACUAAGAACAACCUCGCUUCAUGCUAUCUCGAACAGGGCAAGUAUAGAGAGGCGGAGUCGUUAUGAAAGCUGACGCGAGCGCACGAGCAGGAAUACGGAACCAUGAAUCGACGGUGACGAUAAGCACAUCUGGUAAAUGGCGGAAAAGCGUGAGGUGAACAAAUGCCUCCAGAAUAAAGCUGCCAAGAUAUUCCACUCGCCGACGAUGUUCGAAUUAACUGUUAGAAAGUAUUAACAGUGCCAUUUACACUAAUUACAACACGUAAUCAGUUGUAAAUGGUGUUGUCACAGUACCACUAACUGUGUUGGUUUAUAUUUUAAAACAAAAGGGAUCUCCGUGCUAAUUUUCGCGCUUUACUGGCUUAAUACUGCAUUCGUCCUUGAGCAUGUAACAGUAUGCAGAUAAGUGAUAACUUGUAGUUAUAUACUAUUAUAAUUACAUUACAUAUACGUAUUAAGAGAUUCCGUUAUAUGCAAUAACCUAAUCUCUUAAUAUAUGUAACUGUAACUACACACCCCACCGUAACCAGAUACAGUUCCAUAUAUAGCUUUUUAAAUUGAUCUACAUAUACUAACUCCCUAAAUACCAACUAACUAAAUUUUUGUUGGGUACGUAUUUCUGGGCUAACCUGGACUUACAAUCUACAGUAGGUACAGACAUACCUUCGCAGUUGUGUUUAAGUCUACUGUCGCUAAAAAUAUAAUUACGUUACCCACAAAAGGUCGCUAAACAGGAAAACCAGUUAGGUACAAAUACAAAUGGACUUUGAACCUGAAAGAUAAUAUUUUAUUUAGUUAAGUGACCAUAACAUGAGUGACGUUUGCUACCACAUUUCUGUCGCAAUUAAAACGCUAAAUUCGUCACUCAUUUUAUCAAAAAAUUUUACAGAAACAGCGAUGCGAACGCCGCAAUGUCGCAACAGUAAUGCAAAUGCAGUUGAUUUGCAAAUAGAUAUACUGUAUGUUAUUUCUGUCUUUUUUCUUCUUGUUUGUUACCUUCCGUGAUUCUUCUCACUUGAUGGUCUCAUCGGAAGAUCAGCGCUGGAAGACACCAGCAACAUGCUGAGAUGGGGCCAUUUCGUGGCACUUUAAUCUUAUUUUGUGUUUUCUUUUAUACUAUGUACUGUUCCGAUUGUUUGUGCUUACGAAUAAAUCUAUCCUAUUCUAUUCUAUUCUAUAUCCGAAUAUCACGAUAGUUCUAGAUACGAGUGGAACGAGUAAUAUUUUCCUUUACGACGUAGUUAAG